AUGUUAUCUAAACCUAUUUUGCAUAGCAGAAUUGGGAAAUGGGCUUUAGCUUUAAGUGAAUUUUCUUUAACAUAUGUUCCUUUGAAAGUUGUGAAAGGCCAGAUAGUGGCAGAUUUCAUAGUUGAUCAUGGAUUAACAGAUGUAUCAAUAAAUAUGGUAACUCAGACCAUGUGGCAGUUAUAUUUUGAUGGUUCCAGUCAUAGGAAUGGGUCAGGCAUAGGGGUGUUGAUUAUAUCUCCCCAAGGCAUACCGUCGACGUUUAAGUACAAAAUUAGUGAAGCUUGUUCUAAUAAUGAGGUCGAAUAUGAAGCUCUAAUCACAGGAUUGAGAGUUCUUUUGGACUUAGGGGCUACUAAAUUAUUGGAGAGGUUUCGGGUGGAGCAUAUAAGUCAUGUGCCUCGAAUUGAAAAUAGUGCAGCAAAUGAGCUAGCACAAAUUGCUUCCGGAUAUAAGGUUUCCAAAGAUCGACUUGGGAAAUUGAUUGAAGUCAAAGAGAAGGAAGUUGAACGAUACUACCCUGCUUUGUCAAUAGCAAAAAAUGGGGGGAUGUGA